AUGACGCUUGCGUCGCGCGUUUCGUCCGUCACGCGCGCGCAAAGCCGUGGAAAGAGCGAACGCGCGUGUGGUGCGGCGACUAGGGCGUCCGCAUCGACGGUGACGCGUCGACGGAGCGUCGGAACGAGCGAAGAUGAUGAUUUCGAGAGUUUUCGAAACAUUUCAGAAAAGGACGUCGCGUUCAUCGUUUUCGAGCGCGAUGACGUGCGAGAAGCGCUGUCGAAGACGAACCUUCGCGAGUACUUUCGCACCGCGGAGAGUUUUGAGCGGAAAGCGCGCGUCGACGCGGACGUGGGGGGGCUGGAGGUGCGAAGAGCGUUGUUCGCGGACGCGACGUCGAGCGAGGCGGCGCUCGAUGUCCUGUGCGAUGACAUCGCGCGCGUCGUCAGGGGGUUCGCGCGAGCGGUACCGAUGGAUAAAGAUGAGCGGGUCUUGGUAAAUCUCAGUUUGCUUCGAUCGACCCUGUGCUCGCGGUUGCACGUCGAUCACACGAGUGCGCGUUGCAUGGUUACGUACUUCGGCGCCGGGACGGAGGUAUUGGACGAGCGCACGAGCGGGAUCAUCGCCAAGGCGAACGCGAGCGGUGGAAACGUCGUAUCGGAUGUUUUGAAAAGUUUGGCGGAGAGGUUCGCACCGCCAAGAGCAGUUAGGGAGUGCGCGGUGUGUUUGCUAAAGGGCGAGCGAUGGACAUACGUCGACGGCUCGACGAGCAAGGGGCAAGCCAUCGUCCAUCGUUCGCCGGCGAUAGACGCCGAUAACGGUGAGUGGCGAUUGACGCUUAAGCUCGACGUCGAAUCGUUCGGAUGCGCUUGUGGGCACGCGCACGAUGAUUUGAUUUGA